AUGGUUUUUGGAAGUCCAUUCAGUGACACUUACCCCUCUUUUAUAUGGAAAUCACUUGGGAAGAGUAGAAAAGGAAAGGAUAUUUUCAAUCCCUUUUUCGUUGCAUUGAAUAAAACGAAAAUUUAUGAUCACAUAUUGAAGCAUAACAGUCGCUACUGGCUUUUUGUUGUAACGGGGGGAUGUGUUACAUCCUAUUUUUGGGGAAUCUGGUUUAAUAAUAUAUGGAAGAAAAUAAAUAAAGGGAAACUGUACAUCGACUGUCCUUACACGUACCCGGAGGAGGACUAA